ACUGCGUUCGUGCGUCCUGCUCUGACAUCAUGGAGACACUGAUAUGGCAAUGCUACUGUUAGAAACAUUCUAGUCUGUUUCAGACAGACAGCCUAAGCAACAUCAUGUCGUUGAGCUGGUCAGCAAAAGACCACAAGAGUUAUACAAAUUCACCCUCCAACCCUACCCAAGGGCUGAAGCGGCCACGGAAUGACGCAGGGAACAAAGUGACAGUGGUGCUCGGUGCGCAAUGGGGAGAUGAAGGCAAAGGAAAAGUCGUCGAUUUACUGGCGACUGAGUCUGACCUUGUUUGCAGAUGUCAGGGUGGUAACAAUGCAGGCCACACAGUGGUAGUAGAAGGCACAGAGUAUGACUUCCACCUUCUCCCCAGUGGCAUUAUCAACCCCAAAAGCAUAUGUGUCAUUGGUAAUGGCGUAGUCAUACACCUACCGGGCUUGUUUGAGGAGGCGGAGAAGAAUGAGAAGAAAGGUCUCAAAGGCUGGGAGAAGAGACUAAUAGUCUCUGACAGAGCUCACCUCGUGUUUGAUUUCCACCAGGUUGUGGAUGGAAUUCAGGAGAGCCAGCGACAAGCAACAGAGGGAAAGAUUAUUGGAACGACCAAGAAAGGCAUUGGACCCACCUAUACCAGCAAAGCAUCUCGCAUUGGACUGCGUGUCUGUGACCUGCUGGGAGACUUUAAAGAGUUCUCUACCAAAUUCAAGAACCUUGUCGCGCAGUACCAGUCCAUGUACUCAUCCCUGACAGUUGAUACUGAUACUCAGCUGAAAAAACUGAAGGAGUAUGGAGAGAGGUUGCGGCCGAUGGUGCGGGAUGGAGUCUACUACAUGUAUGAGGCUCUUCAUGGACCCCCAAAGAAAAUUCUGGUGGAAGGGGCCAAUGCUGCCCUCCUCGACAUUGACUUUGGCACAUAUCCUUUUGUGACCUCAUCAAACUGCACUGUUGGUGGGGCAUGCACUGGUCUUGGCAUCCCUCCCCUGAAUAUUGGUGAAGUGUAUGGUGUAUCAAAGGCCUACACCACCAGGGUAGGAAUUGGUGCCUUCCCCACAGAACAGCUCAAUGCGACAGGUGAGCUGCUGCAGACGAGAGGUCAUGAGGUGGGCGUGACAACGGGCAGGAAACGUCGCUGUGGCUGGCUGGACCUGGUCAUCCUGAGAUACGCCCACAUGAUCAAUGGCUUCACUGCCAUUGCUUUGACAAAACUUGACAUCCUUGAUGUGCUGGAUGAGAUCAAAGUAGGAGUGGCCUACAAAAUCAGUGGCAAAAGAAUUCCCCAUUUCCCAGCUAACAUGGAGCUGUUGCACAAAGUGGAGGUUGAGUAUGAGACCUUCCCAGGCUGGAAGAGUGAUACGUCUGCAGCCAGGAAGUGGAAUGAUCUCCCCCAGAAGGCUCAGAACUACAUCCGCUUUGUGGAGAACCACAUUGGAGUACCCAUUAAGUGGGUCGGCGUCGGAAAGUCCAGAGAGUGCAUGAUCCAGAUGUUCUAGAGACUUUUCCUUUUCUCUCCCCAAGAUGGAUGCACAUGGAUGGACGAGAUGUGGCUUGAUGUGACAUAAGUUUACAAUCCUCAAACUAUCUAAUAUUCUGUAAAACCUGUUAACAACAAAUACGUGUAGCCUUGAAACAAUGUUGAGUGGAAACGUUGGUAACUUUACAUCUAUCUGUGUUGCAUCAGUAAAUUGCCUUGUAGUGAUGUCUGCCAGAAAGUCCUACAGUAUGACUGAGCCAUGUGUAAAUCUUACCUUGUGCCACACAACAACCCAGAAAGAAAAAAACACAUCCAAUAACUUUUCCACCUGAGUAAUGUUACCUGCCUUAUGUUUUCGGUCUUCUUUAGGGAUGGAUCGAAAUGGACAUAAUGUGUACCUGGAGAAAAUGGGGGAGGGUAACGCUUUUUCAAUAUCAGUCAAGGGGAGGGCUUUGUAUUUUUUGUAUCUAGGCCAGGGGAGGGUCAUGUAAUUUGUAAUUUAUGAAAUGUCUAUAUUUCUCAGUGUUUUAGAAUGAGUUGCUUGUUAGGCUAUAUAUUGAUGUGUGCCCGAUGCCGCCCCUCAACCUUGAUUCUUCGCUGGGGACGCAAUAUCAAGUGCGUCUGUCUAUAGGCUAUUUAGUGUGGUCUCAAUCAAAAGAUCCAUAGCUUAUAGGCUGUAGGCUAUGAAUUGCAUGCUCGGAGAUGCACAGAGCAAAGUUAUAUUUCUAAGAUAGCUGCUGGGAUGGUGUAAAUACAACUAGUCUGCAUUACACACUGCAAUGGAUAUUCCAUCCCUGAGCCCCGGCCUGCUCUGCUCUUGCUGAUCCCAAACUGGUUUGUGUGCUGCCUAACCAAUGCUGUGCUGUGUAGGCCUAUGGUGGCAGUUCAGGAGAGUCAAAGGUCUCUUGCAAAAAUAAUAUAUAUUUUUUUAUGUUAGGCCUAGUCCAAAAAAUGCACUAUAUUGCAUGCAGACUAGAAUAUAACCUAUGUUCUGUUCAGCUUGAGAAGGAGAGCUUGAAGAUGAGAAGGAGGACCGGAGGUCAACUUUGAUAGCUUGCUACUACUAUAUAUGGGGAUAUCAUUGUUUAGUUGUUUAGUUUCUUUGACUUUCAGACUCUGAGCUGCAACCUUCUAUAUCCAAGGAGACAAAAAAAAUGACUUUGCUUCAGAAGAAAUGUAAUUCUGUCACAAUCAAUUAAGCUAUUCACUUUCUGUACAAUAGAAGAUAUUUAAUCCCAGACAGCUUUUGGGGAAGAGUAGACAGCAGUAAAGAUUACAUUUUUCUGUGUCUGUAGGCUUACUCUGUCUGGAGUGGAAAGUUAGGCCUAACUUUUGAAAGUACAAUGCUCUGAUUGCUGCUGACCUGGUCUCGGAGCAUUUCAUAUUAUUCUGUACGUAAAUCCAUUUAGUAUGAUAUGUUACAUUUUGUAUGGUAUGUAUUCAUUUGCUAGGCUUGGGGUUAAGGUUUGGGUUAACUUUAGGAUUUAGGUUAAAUGGUUAGGGUUAGGGGAAAGGUUAGCUAAAGGGUCAAGGGACAGGUUGGCUAACAUGCUAAGUAGUUGCAAAGUUGCUAAUUAGAUAAAAUUGUCCGUGUUGAGAUUCAAACUCACAACCUUUGGAUUGCUAGACGUUCGGGUUAUAAGCAUACCCAACCAUCCUACUUUAAUUUUUACGUUAACUAACCAUCUGUUUUAUGUAACCAUACCGAACACAAAAUAUCAUACUAAUUUGUGUGUCUCGGGUUUACGUUUACUAUGUUAUGUUUAGUCUACAAGACCAGGCUGCAACUUGAUGUCUCAGAUUUUAUUAUUUGCAAACAGGGACAGUUUCAUUGUAAACAAGACACACUGUUUUGGCAUUGGAGAAACAUUAUAAAAUGAUCACAUAGCCUUAGCUCUCUGUCAAUUCUUAGCCUGUAAUUUUGGUAAUUUGUGUGUAUUAAAAAAAGAUUCUGCUAA